AUGGGUGUGGCUCUAUCCAGAAAGGGCGUUUCAAUAGGUGGGAUGGGGCUGCGGAUGCACCAAUGGGUCUGCAGCUGCACAAAGAUGAGCCUUUGGCUGUCAGCCACUGUGGCGGCCAGCAUGGAUGUGCUGUGCGGAAGAUCCCUGGAGCUCCUGAUUGGGAUCGGGCUUGAGGGGCGCGGCAGCGUGUUGACGAUGUGGCAGAUGCGUGUUGGAAUGGGACUGCUCGAUCAGCUACCACGAGUUUGGUGGACAUGCACCGUGGUGGCGGUCAUGUUUGCGCAGUUUGCUGUCUAUGCAUGGUAG